AUGCUUCUGCUUUGGCUCUGCACCCUCUUCUUUACCGUCUAUUCCAUUCACGAUUUGGUGCCCCAUGUCCGCUCGAAGCGUCAAUAUUAUGUCUGUGGAACAUAUCCAAAUCAAUAUUACUCAUACUAUCAGUGCAACACAAACCCAAGUAACCCAAACUACCCAAAUUAUCCGAAUUACCCGAAUUAUCCGGGCUCAUGUACAAAUGGAGGACAAUUGAUCGGCGUUGGGUGUAUCUACAGCUAUCAGUGUACUCCUUACAGCACCCAAACCACUCAAUGUCUGAAUGGCUGUUGCUGUACUGCACCCAACACGUUUACGACACAAUUCCCAUCGAAUUCUUUAGGUUUCUGUUUCAACGGUCAACGCACAUCGACAAGAUGUUCGACGAAUUCGGCUUGUUCUGUGGGCCAAUCGUGUAUGAAUGGAUUGUGUUGUCAGCUGACAGGACAGGAAUAUCAAUAUUCCUGCGGUGGUCAAGCCGCUCUUGCAUCUUGUAUUUCGAAUCAAUGUGGUCAAUUCUUUUGCACCUCGUCAAAUUACUGUUGCGAGUGCCGGUAUGGACAAACAGCGGGAACUUGCACAAAUGGUUGUCCAAGUGGAUACACAUGUUCAGCGUCAUCAGGCUAUUGUUGUCCCCAAUGUCCAUCUGGAGUUGCUCCAUUCGGCUCUUGUUACAAUGGUCAAUGUGCUUCCGGAUACACGUGUCGACCCGGAAAUAUAUGCUGC